GUGUGUGUGUGUGUGUGUGUACACCACAGAAGUAAGGCAAGGGGCCUCCUCCCUUCUGGGGUUGCCUCCCUAGCAAAGACUCAACGUGGCCAUGUGCUGACGACCACAGGAGACUAGAGCCAGGUUGAGGGCAGCAAAGCAGUGGCCCGCAGCAUCUGCUUAAAGUGAAAGGUGAGCUGUACAAUGAGCAAUAGGACCUGCACUGUGGCCUGGGAGAGGUUUGCCCACUGAGGGCUUGGGGCGGUUCCAUGGGAGCCUGGGUUAGAUGGUGCAGCACAGGUGUGUCCUCAAGUCUGAGCCCUGCAGGACUACAGAUGGUGAAACGGCAGAUCAUACAUACACUGUGCUCUGAGGCCUCAAGGUGAAAACCAUCCAGAGUGGGCCCAUCUCCAGCUAGGAGAUGCGCUAUGGUCUCUUCACUGGCAGUAAAGCAGCAGUCACUGGCGGCAUAAGCAGCAAUUGACAGCAGGAAAGGGAACUUAGUAGGGACAGGGCAAACAUGGUGCUGGUACCCUGUGCUACUGCAGGCCUGAACUCUGCUAGGCAGAGCAAAACGAUGGCUCUGGGUGAAGUCCUGCAGUGGGACCACACAGAGAAGAGAGGCAAGCCAGAAAGAUGGCUCAGUAGUUAAAGAUACCUGCCGCCACGCCUGGCAACCUGAGUUCAAGCCCAGGACUCCUGUGGUAGAACAGAAUUCUCAACGUGUGGGUUCUGACCCCUUUGGGGGAGGGGGUGUCAAAUGACCUUUCACAGGCCAUCAGAAAACACAGAUGUUUGCGUUACAACUCAUAAUCUUGGCAAAAUUACAGAAAUGAACUAACAACAAACACAGUUUUAUGGUUGGGGUCACCACUAUAUGAAGAACUGUAUUAAAAGGUUGCAGCAUUAGGAAGGUUGAGAACCUAUGUGGGAGAAGGAGAGAAAUGGUUCCUGCAAGCUGUCCAGUGACAUAUUCAUGUAUACUUGUGAGUACUCACACACACACACAUACAUACACAUACACACAUACACAUAUACACACAUACACACACUCACACACUCACACACUCACACAAACACACACAGAGCCGGAGAGUGAGCCCUGCUUGUAGGAUUUCUACUUUUGACAACGUUUUCCUGAGGAAUAAAUGGAUUUCUUAUAAACAGUAUGUGUGCGGAUGUGUAUAUGUUGUAUCCACAGGCACAUGUCUAUACAUACGUUUUAUGUUCAUGCAUCUGUGUGGUGUGUGCAUGCACAUGUUAUAUAUGGUGUAUGUUUAAGUCCCAUACAGUGUGUGCUUGUGUGAUGUGUCUAUGUGUGUGUGCAUUUGUUGUGUAUGUUGUGUACUUGUGGGUGUAUAUGUAUGUUUAUAUGGCAUGUAUACACACAUGGACGCAUAUACACUGUGUGUCCGUGUGGUAGAUGCCUUCUCUGGCUUCUCGGGGGGGGGGGGGGGGGGGAGCGUGGAAAUUUGUUUUUUUCCAGCUUAGCUGUGAACCAUAUCCAGUUGGCUCCAUCUGCAGCAGCGACUCAGCUUCGCAGUCCCUCUACCCGUCGGCAAAAGACGAUUUACAUGGAUGAUGGAGUGUCGUCCUUUGUCCAGAUCCGAGGCUCCGUCCCGCUGUUCUGGGAGCAGCCAGGGCUUCAGGUUGGCUCCCAUCAUCUGAGACUACACAGAGGCCUAGAGGCCAACGCCCCUGCUUUUGAAAGGCACAUGGUACUUCUGAAGGAGCAAUAUGGGAAACAGGUGGUCGUGAACCUGCUGGGAAGCAGAGGUGGUGAGGAGGUACUCAACAGAGCCUUCAAGAAGUUGCUCUGGGCUUCUUGCCACGCAGGCGACACACCUAUGAUAAAUUUCGACUUCCAUCAGUUUGCCAAAGGCGGGAAGCUAGAGAAAUUGGAGAACCUGCUGAGGCCCCAGUUAAAGCUUCACUGGGAUGACUUUGGCGUGUUUGCGAAGGGCGAGAAUGUAAGUCCACGUUUUCAGAAAGGCACUCUGCGGAUGAAUUGUCUCGACUGUCUGGACAGAACCAACACUGUACAGUGCUUCAUUGCUCUGGAGGUCCUUCAUCUGCAGCUUGAGAGCCUGGGGCUGAAUUCGAAGCCCAUCAUUGACCGCUUUGUGGAGUCCUUCAAAGCCAUGUGGUCUCUGAAUGGGCAUGGGCUGAGCAAGGUGUUCACGGGGAGCAGGGCCCUGGAAGGAAAGGCCAAGGUGGGGAAGCUGAAAGAUGGGGCCCGAUCCAUGUCUCGCACCAUCCAGUCCAACUUCUUUGACGGCGUGAAGCAGGAGGCCAUUAAGCUGCUGCUGGUUGGAGAUGUCUACAACGAAGAGUCCACAGACAAAGGAAGGAUGCUGCUGGACAAUACGGCUCUUCUAAUGACACCCAGGAUCCUGAAGGCCAUGACCGAACGCCAGUCAGAAUUCACGAAUUUCAAGCGGGUCCAAAUUGCUGUGGGGACCUGGAAUGUCAACGGAGGGAAACAAUUCCGUAGCAAUCUUCUGGGAACAGCCGAGCUCACGGACUGGCUCCUGGAUGCCCCGCAGCUCUCAGGAGCAGCGGACUGGCAGGGCGAUGGCAGCCCCGCUGAUGUAUUUGCCGUGGGAUUUGAAGAGAUGGUGGAGCUGAGUGCAGGGAAUAUUGUCAAUGCCAGCACCACCAACAGGAAGAUGUGGGGUGAGCAGCUUCAGAAAGCCAUCUCCCGGUCUCAUAGGUACAUCCUCUUGACUUCGGCGCAGCUGGUGGGCGUCUGCCUUUAUAUCUUUGUACGUCCGUACCAUGUCCCCUUCAUCAGGGACGUUGCCAUCGACACGGUGAAGACCGGCAUGGGGGGAAAGGCGGGGAAUAAGGGCGCCGUGGGCAUCCGCUUCCAGUUCCACAGCACCAGCUUCUGUUUCAUCUGCAGCCACCUGACGGCUGGGCAGUCGCAGGUGAAGGAGAGGAACGAAGACUACAGGGAGAUCACGCACAAACUCUCCUUCCCCGCGGGGAGAAACGUCUUUUCACAUGAUUACGUGUUUUGGUGUGGCGAUUUCAACUACCGCAUCGAUCUUACUUAUGAGGAAGUCUUCUAUUUUGUUAAACGCCAAGAUUGGAAGAAACUUAUAGAAUUUGACCAGUUACAGCUGCAGAAGUCAAGUGGGAAAAUUUUUAAAGACUUCCAUGAAGGAACCAUUAACUUUGGACCCACCUACAAAUAUGAUGUUGGGUCAGCUGCCUACGAUACAAGUGACAAGUGCCGUACCCCAGCCUGGACAGACAGAGUGCUGUGGUGGAGGAAGAAACAUCCGUAUGACAAGACAGCUGGAGAACUCAACCUUCUAGACAAUGAUCUAGACGGUGACACCAAAAUCAGACAUACCUGGUCUCCAGGAACUCUCAAGUACUACGGCCGCGCAGAGCUGCAGGCAUCUGACCACAGACCUGUGCUGGCCAUCGUGGAGGUGGAGGUACAAGAGGUUGACGUGGGAGCCCGGGAGAGGGUUUUCCAGGAAGUGUCCUCCGUCCAAGGCCCGCUGGAUGCCACUGUUGUUGUGAACCUUCAGUCCCCAACCCUAGAAGAGGAGAAUGAAUUUCCCGAGGACCUGCGCACAGAGCUUAUGCAGACAUUGGGGAAUUAUGGGACGAUUAUUCUGGUCAGGAUCAACCAAGGGCAGAUGCUGGUGACCUUUGCAGAUAGCCACUCGGCUCUCAGUGUGCUGGACGUGGAUGGUAUGAAGGUGAAAGGCAGAGCCGUGAAGAUACGACCUAAGACGAAGGAUUGGCUGAAAGGCUUGCGAGAGGAGCUCAUUCGGAAGAGGGACAGCAUGGCCCCCGUGUCUCCCACCGCCAACUCCUGCUUGUUGGAGGAGAACUUCGACUUCACGAGUCUGGACUAUGAGUCAGAAGGGGAUGUUGUAGAAGAUGACGAAGACUAUUUAGUGGACGAGUUUGGCCAGCCUGUGGUCUCAGACGGUGAACUUGGCGGAGACGACUCUUCUGAUAUCAUGAGCUCCUCAGCACCUUCCAGCAAAUCUCCUGCACUAUCUAAAAAGAAGCAACAUCCAACAUACAAAGACGAUGCUGACCUGGUGACGUUAAAGCAGGAGCUGGAAGUUGUUGGGGAUGUUCGCCACCGUUCUCCGAGCAGGUCCCUGUCUGUCCCCGGUAGGCCUCGGCCACCUCACCCACCACAGAGACCCCCCCCUCCAACCGGUUUAGUGGUGAAGAAGUCAGCCUCAGAUGCUUCCAUCUCCUCUGGCACUCACGGGCAGUAUUCAAUCCUGCAGACUGCGAAACUUCUUCCAGGAGCACCUCAGCAACCACCCAAGGCUAGAACUGGAAUAAGUAAACCUUACAACGUCAAGCAGAUCAAAACCACCAAUGCUCAGGAGGCAGAAGCAGCGAUCCGGUGUCUCCUGGAAGCUAGUGGAGGUGUCCCAGAACUGGCCCCAGGUGCCAUGCCCCUGAGAGACCAGGGGUCUUCUAAGCCGGAGACCUCCCUGGACCCCCCAGUCCUCCCCCGCCGGCCUGCUCCGAGGGUUCCUGCCAUCAAAAAGCCAACGUUGAGGAGGACAGGAAAGCCCACCUCGCCAGAAGAACGGUCUGAACAGCAGCCCGUCCAUUUUACAGUCGCUCCCAAGGAAAUGAGCCGUGAGACCCCGCUCCCCACAGCAGCCCCUCAAGCCCUGCCUGUUCCCAAACCAAGAACAUUUCUGCCUGGGAAAGGGACCGAGAGGAGGCCCAGCAGCGGCAAGACAGCACUCGAUGAAGCUCCUCCCAUGACAGGUGCUGCGGAGGCCCCGCCUCUGGAGGCCCCGCCUCUGGCUCCCAAGGUGCCCCCGAGGAGGAAGAAGUCGGCACCGGCUGCAUUCCACCUGCAGGUGCUGCAGGACAACAGCCAGCUUCUCCAGGGCCUCACGUGCCCCAGCAGCUCUCCGCCCCCGCCACAGCCCGAAGCCUAUGCGUUCUGUCCGCAAGGGGGUCUUCUUGGCACCUCGUCUGCCGUAAGCGCUGAAACCGAUGACCCCAGAGUGGCGGAGCCCAAGGCAGUCUUCUUCCAUGGUGAUGAUCCAGAUCCCUUCUGGAGCCUUCUCCACCACCCCAAGCUGUUGAAUAAUAAUACCUGGCUAUCCAAGAGUUCGGACCCUUUAGACUUGGGGCCCAGGAACUCUGAGAGGACACAUGGAGACCCGGCACAGGUCAGCACCUCUGUGGCUGAGAGGGGGCUCCCACCAGACCAUGGGGGAAAAGACUUCAGUCACUGGGUGACGGCCAGUAACAAAGACAAGAGGACGACAUUAGGCGUUUGAUCUGUGGGCAAGGACAUGCCCUGCCGACUUUGAAGUCACUCUCGUUCCAGAUGUUCCUCGUGUGGGCACCGCUUGUCUGCCCCUCGUGUGUGGUUUAUAGAAGCUGUCUCCUAGUCAGUAUAGUUGUUCAGCAGUCACCAAAGUGAUUCAUUCAAGACCUGUGCAUUCUAAGCUUGCUCUCAGGGGAAUAGGAUAUGUGCCGUAGGAUUCAGCAUUUGAAAUUUAAAGGAAAGAAAUCUAGCUGCCCAAGAUGCUCUCACCCACUGGAUCUUAAAUGGUUGUUCAACUUAAUGUGUGUACGCCGUUUGCUUGUUAUUUUUGUUUGUGUCUUACAGACUCGGGGUAAGUGGUAGGUUCAUAAAGCAUAACAUUAAAAGCAGUUGGGACCAUUAA